CAAGCGUGCGAUUAUGGCGCGUUGAAACGCAGUCGUCCGGUCGGGAACCCACCGGAUGACUUAAGAACAAUAACGACAUUCUCUGGGAAAAGAGCCCCAAACUGGGGAGUUUCUUUUCUCCUCCAGGCAUGUCCCCGUUUGGAAGACCACUCUCGUGAAUCCGUAGGUGAGUUUACAUGCCACUCGCACAUGUGAGAGUUGUCGUGUUUUACGAGGACAUGACAAUAGACAUUGACCCAAAAGCGUUCGAGCAGUUUCACUUGCCUUUCAGAGUGAUGAAGAUUCUCAAAUCGCACAGUGAAGGCCAUGUCGGUGAAAAGGUCGAGAGGUCAAACAUGUUGGCGCCUGGGGUCGGCCUUUUGUCGUCGCUUGUACUCGUGGGGCUUCCCAUCGAUUCAAUGGCUCAGAAGGUUCGCGGGCCGAAUCUGCGCCCUAGGGUUCCGAGAACGUCAACUUCAAGUUGUCGAGUUCGAGUCUAGCAAGUGAGCUCGAGUUGGAACCUGGUCCAUAGCAAGACAUGAGAACAGUUCGCGAGGUGUUGCAGAACACGACACGUCGAUUUCCAAGAUCUGACCCUUGGCCCUAAAAGGCACCGGACAUUCACUCGCAUAUGCCUCGUACCGUUCGAGCUCGGUGGAGUCUACGCUCGUCCUGCCUUUCCAACCCAUGCACCAUUUCAACUUUGGCGACUUCUAGACUGGAAUCACCACCCAUCCGUCAUUGACUUACCUUACCGCUCUGUUGUAGCUUCAGCUCUACGUUUUUGUGUCGUGCUCCUUAUCUUUUCGAAAUCUUCAUCAUACCUCGAUCUGCAAGGUCUACGCAGCUAAGAUUUUCUAAACAUCUUGGAGCUGUUUUGUGAAUUUUAAGAAAAAACGUAUUAUAUGUACGAGGUAAUUCACUGUGCAUAACCUUAUGUGUUCGCAAGAUCAGUUGAAAUCUUCACGAGAUUAUGACAUCUUCCAACUAGUGUUCUCCGGA